ACCAACCAGCAGGAGACUAUGGAUGAGGAUUUGGAAGGUACAUUUCCGGCCGAUUUAGGAGAAAUGGAGGAAGAAGUCCAAACUUCCAACAAUCACGAUCCAUUCGCGACAUUCCUCGGAGAGGAUAUUCUAAAGUUGGAUUCAAUUGUCAUUCCAGUUGCUCUGCUGCCUACGAUCUAUCUUCAAACUUACUUCUUCACUGACAUUGUCCAACAAUUCACCUCGCCAUUAGAUUCAUCGGAUGAAGAUGCGUUCGCAAAAAUUAAUAGUCACGAAACCAUGAAAAGUGCAAGUUGUGCUCUUGAAAAUCUUACCAAUGCUUUAAAGUUUAAUGAUUCCUACUUAUUUACGUUUAUUCAAUCGGGAUUUCUGAAGGCACUCUACAAUAGAAAUGGCGAAAAUCGUCUAGUUGGUCUCCCACGAAUACGACAACAAAGAGUCAGGCAAAUGGACUGUUCACUACCCUCUUCAGUGCCUCAGUGGAUGAAAAGAUGUUUCCCGAAUUUCUAUCCCUCAUAUGAGAGCCGUGAACCGAUCAUUCCCAAUCCAAAUAUAACUAUUGAUUUGAGCGUAGAUGCGUGGCACUGGCGUAGCGAGGGAGAGUCACGAAGUGAGGGUGUGGCUGGAACCAUCGCAUACUACACGGGCUCCGGGUACUACAUGGACCUCGCUCCGACACAAAAUGAAACCCACGCAAUGCUAGCGGAACUCUUUAACGGCGAUUGGACAACGGAAUUGCUAUUCGAGACUCCAUACACGGGUGGCCUGAUUAGCUCGGCUGAAAUACGUCCACUCUAUCUCCUCCGAACGAAUUCACCUAUGGAAUGCGCAAUCUUCAUAUUCCAGAUUAUCUCCCUAUUCUUCGUGGCUUACUACUUAUUCAGAGAAGUUUACUCCAUAUUCAAAUUCUUUAGCUACAGUGAGACAAUGGGCCAGCUAACAGCAACUAUGAACUACGCUCUCUAUGACAUGGUCGGUUUCAUUGUCAUGUUUGGGAUUAUCUUCGCGGCCUUCGUUCAAGCUGGCACCAUCAUGUUCAGCUCAACUAGCUCGGAAUUCAAGUCCUUCGAUUUGACUGCACUUACCCUCUACCGAAUCAUUCUGGGUGACUUUGAUAUGCAAGCCAUCUACGAUGCCCAUAUUGUUCUCGGUCCGCUGUACUUCAUCGUCUACGUCUUCUUCGUGUUCUUUGUCCUCCUCAACAUGUUCUUGGCUAUUAUUGGAGAGGCCUAUGCAAAAGUCAAGGAGAACAUGGCAAAGGGCAAAAACGACCUGAAAUUCAUUCUCUAUUUGAAAUAUGUAAGAAUUCUUGCUUGA